AUGAGUGUGCCUCAUUCAAAAAAUUUAAAAGGUUUAAACCUGAAUUUAGAAGAUGAUGAAUUUGAAUUUUUUCAUGAGUUUAAUCGUGAUAAAGUGAAGAGUGUAAUCCAUUUGAUUACUGUUGAAUUAAAGGAAAGAGCCACAGAUGUAGAAUUUUUGAUGAUACCAUUUAGGCCCCAACAGACAAAUGAAAAUCUUUUAAGGAUGCUGAAUGCCAUGUUCCCACAGGGCAAUGGACAACCUGUAACUGAUGCGAAAUUACAAAAAAUUGUUGCCCACACAGAGGUUCAUACAUUGUUUCAAGGAUUGAAAUAUAUUUGGUGUAGAUUAGAAGAUGGUGAAGUUGUUGGAUGGAGAUCAUAUUUGCAGUUUAAAUUGAGAGAAAAGAUCAAGAAUUAUCCCAAGAAGGCAUUUUUAGAAUUGAUGCCACAAUGUUUAGAUUCACCAAGCCACGCAUCGAUAGUUUACGAUUUUUUUGAUUUAAUCGUUACAAUCUCUGCAAAUUCAAGAGUGAAUAAAAUGAGCGCUAGGAAAAUCUCAAAAAUGUUUGCAAUUUGGGCAUUUGGUAAAGCAGUUCCAAAUCCUUCGUUAGCAGAUUACGAUUUUGAUGAUAAAAGAACGUUACCAAAUAAUUCGUUUCAAGAUGGGUUAGAUCAAUGGAUUCCUGCUACAGAUGCGAUGUUCCAUUUAUUAUUAGCAUUUUUGAAAAGUUUUGUUCCUGAAGAUUUAGAAACCGCUCAACUGCCGCGCACUUUAAAGAGUUUAUUAUUUAAUAACGAGUAUCCACCUGAAAAAUCCAAUGCAUACAGUUCAGAAACAAUUCUAACCAUUCCAUUGGUAACUCUAGAGACUGAUCAUUUUUCGAGAAAACCCUGGCAGUUAUUGGAAAGAUGUAAUGAACUGUUAGAUUUUUCUGAUUACGAUGCAUUCGAGGCAAGAGAGGAUUAUGCAUUAUUGAAGUCAUUGUUCAAAAAGAAAAAUAACGUAGAGGGAAUCAGUCGUAAGAUGUCACAGGAGUCUCGUAGAAUCAUGAAAGAAAUGUCAACAAGGCAUUCAACUUUUCAAUCAGGUUGGGCGCCAAGGAAAUGUGUACCCAAUUACGAAAAUUUUUCAGAAAAUAUUAGUGUGAAAAGAGUUGAUAUUGAUGACUAUUUCAUUUGGACUUGGUUAUCGUCAUUAUCCAGCGAACAAACUUCGGAGAGGAAGAAAACUUUUGGUAGGUCAUUAAUAUUAGAAUUUGAAUUUGAUGGAUUUAAGAAGUGGGUUCUUUUCCAAGAAAGUGAUGUUAUCAUUACACAUUAUAAGCGUGGUUCAAAUUCUUAUGGAAAAGAAGGUAGUCGUGUGGCGUCGAACGCUUCAAGCAAUAAUUCUACUAUUGAAAAACCAUUGUCCAAGCAACCAAGGACCCGUAAUGUAACUCCAACGUACGAGAAAUUUCAAAAGCAAGUUGUCCCCAAUUCCCCUGCAACUGAUCAAAAUGAAGUCACAACACCAGAAGGGUAUCACACGGUAAUUAGUAGAGAUGUACUAGAAAAGAAUAAAGAUAAGCAUAAUGUUAAUCUACAUUCAUUGGAACAAAAAAUUUCAUCAUUUUGGAAUCCCUUGCAUAAAGUUAAAAAGAAGAAUAAAUCACCAAGAAGUUCUUCGACUGAAAGCAAAGAAAUUACGAACACUGCUAAUGAUAGUGCGCAGGAACCUGUCGGCUCCAAGAAACCUGAAAAUUCACCAAUGCCAGAUGCCGUACCUGUAAUGGCUACCAAGGAAAAAAAUCCAACUCCAAAGAUUAUCAAGAAACCUAUAUCACCUCCGGAUUCCUAUGAAACAUUUAGGGAAUCACCACAUUUGCAGAAUGGUGAACAGACAACUUCAGAGGACACCAUGAAAGAAUUGAAGGGAAUCGUUGAAGAUAUGAUGGCUGAGGAUAAAAGUGGACUUGAAUCAAAUGAAACAGUUACUAAUUCGAACUCUGCAAAGGAAACUUUUGAAUCCUUGACUAAAUUUGACAAAUAUAAAUCUUCUCAGAUAUCAGAUGGUGAAAUUCAAUCUUUGACCUCAACAGUACCUUCACUAAGAAUACCGAGUGAUGAAGAUGAUGAUGGAGAUGAUGAUAUAGAUAGAGAUAGCCCCAAAAUUGGUUCCGUCGCCCAUAACGAUACUUCUGAAAGUUCCUCCUAUUACGAUACCCCCACAAGUGCACAUGCACCAGUUGAUUUUUACCGACAACGUCAAUUACCUGUAACCCCACAUACUAAGACCCCACGUAAUAGUGCUCAUGGUAACCGUUCUGUUCCAGAGCUACCGUUGCAUUCGCAGGUACAUGCAGCUCCGCAAUCUGGAGCCAGAGUACCUAAACACUCAUCUACUCCACAUGGGCAGAAAUUACCGCAAUAUCAAACCUCACCUAGUGAUCCUCUCCUAGUAGCAGGACCUAACAAUAACAAUGGUGGUAAUCAUGUUGGUCAUAAGCCAGGACAACCUCCGCCUUUGAAAGGAAUACCACGUGCAGGUUACAGUCAACCUCCAUUGCACCAAAUGGCUCCUAAUAUGCCCUCUUCACCCUCGCAGGUGAUGUUAAAUCCAUACAAACCUAGACCUCAAGCUGGUCCCGUAGGCCCUGGUGGUGGACAUGAAAAUUUUGCAGUUCCUCAAGGUGCGCCAUAUCCUGGUACACCUCCACAGGGUAAGAAAGGCUAUCCAAUCGUCCCACAAGUGGUUCCUCAGGCAGUUAAACACCCAGGUCCAGGUCCAGUUUCGCCACAAAUGCCGCCGCUAUCACCAGGAAUGCCAUCUUCACCACAAAUGAGGCAAGCUCCUAGAUCACCUCAUAUGCGUCAACAAAUGUCACCACAAAUGGGGUACGGCGGAUACCCACCAUAUUCCAGGAAUAGUUAUGGAAGACCACAAAGAGCCAUGCAACCAGGACAUAUGAAUCCCAUGCAGGGAGUGCCACCAAUGCAGGGAAUGCCACCAAUGCAGGGAAUGCCACCAAUGCAGGGAAUGCCACCAAUGCAAGGAAUGCCAGUUCCAAAGAGUCCAAGCAUGAUGGAACCAAUGCAGGGUGUACCAAAUUUCCAUGCUCAGGGUGGUAAAAAUUAUGAAAGACGUCAAGUGCAAAAGAAACUACACGAUAAUAUUAGAAGUGGUAAUUUUGGUAUAUAG